AUGCAGAAUUUUCCCGAGUCGGAAAGGAAAGUGGCAAUUUUAGGCCUGUUGGCCGGUGAAGCGGCCGAUAGGGCCUUUCAGUCGAGUGCAUUCGAGGAGGAAGAUCUUGAUGGGGUUUUUCGAAAACUGCGACGCCUCCUUGACACUCCACUCCACCCAACCGAGUACAAGUCAAAGUUCCACUGGGUACGCCGGAAUAUCGGGGAAACCGUAGAGGCAUACGCGUAUCGCGUCAAGCAACUGGUGUCCAAGGUUUUUCCCGACGACCGCAGCGAAGCCCAGGAAAAACAUGCUGUUUAA